AUGUUGUUAAAGAGUCGAGCAAACCUUAUGAUUCGAGCUUAUGAGUUGUUUGAUAUGAGGCCAGGAGAAUCAAUUGCAGAUAUGAGUACAAGGUUUACCGAUCUUGUAAAUCUUCUCAAAGCACUUGGUAAAAAAUUUGAGGAAGCUGAACUUGUGAAGAAAAUUCUUAGAUCACUUCCAAAGUCUUGGGAAGCAAAAACAACAGUUAUCCAAGAUACCAAAGAUUUCAAAACGUUCACCUAUGAUGAACUCAUUGGUUCUCUCAUUGCACAUGAGAUGGUAUACAAGAAGGAUGAAGUUGAAUAUGAGCACAAGAAGAAGAAAAGCAUUGCUCUCAAAUCAAACAAAGAUGAAGAUAAGAAGAAAGGAGUUGCAUUCAAAGCUGACUCAAGUGACAACUCAAGUGUUUCAAGUGAUGAUGAAGAUGAAAUGGCUGUGCUUGCAAGAAAAUUUAAAAGAGCUUUCAAGAAAGGAGGAAGCAAAUACAAGAAAUUCUUGAAAAAGCAUACUCCCAAGGACAAGUACUUUAAAGAUUCAAAAGAAGAAAUUGUAUGUUAUGAGUGUCACAAACCUGGACAUAUCAAGCCCAAAUGUCCAUUGCUCAAAAAGAAGAAAGGAAAAGAAGAUAGGAGCAAGAAAGCUAUGAAAGUAGUAUGGAGCAACAGUGAAGAGUCUUCAAAUGAUGAAUCGAGUGACAAAGAGGCUGCUCUUCUUUGUUUGAUGGCAUGUGAGGAGAAAGUUGAGAGCUCACAAAAAGAUGAAGAAAGCGACAAUGAGGUUUGUUGCAAAGGAAUGAAGGAAAGUGAUAAAUGGUAUAUAGAUAGUGGCUGUUCAAAGCACAUGAGAUUUUUGAGUUUCAAGGAUGGAUGGCUGUUUGUGAAUGUACAAAUGAUUUUGAAUAACAGUUUAUAUGAUGUAUCUGUUGAACUGAUAGCUACGGCUUUGAAAUUGCCCAAUGAUGGAAAUAAAAUUUCCACCCAUAAGGAUGUUGCUAGGAUGGCAGGCUUUAAUUUGGUUAAGUUUGAAAAAGGUGCUUAG